AUGCUCUUCUCUUUGCUAUGUAUACUAGUCGAAAAUGUUGAUUGGAAAGGCCAUCUCGUAGUUUUGAAUAAUUCUGUAAAUGGGUUUCCAACAACAGGUGAAAACAUUGUAGUAAAAGCUGUUGAAAUACAUGCUGUUGAAGGCGAUGAUCCUUCUCCAAGCAAAGAAUAUGACCACCAAGCCCGCGUUGUAUUCGAGGGGGAUGUAGAAGAUGAUUUUAUGUCUGCAAGAGACGAUGAAGCGUGUGCGUCUUGCGCCCACAUCGAAGGUGCUGUAGUCACAGUCUUGUCAUCAGUUGUUGUACUAUUGUCCUCAGUAUGGAAACUUGUGCUAAUUAAUUCCUUUACAUCGCUAGCACUGUAA